AUGGCUACAUUGUCGGAUAUUGCAGUCGUCUUGGUGCUACAGUUGCUUCUCUACGGCAGAAUCACGGCGGCAACAUGGUGCGUGGCGAGAAGCGACGCCUCAGAGGACUUAUUGCAGAUGGCAUUAGACUAUGCUUGCGGUGCCGGAGCAGAUUGCUUGCCGAUACAAGAAUCCGGUCCGUGUUUUCUUCCAAACACUGUUCAGGCGCAUGCUUCCUACGCUUUCAACAGUUAUUAUAUGCGUACUUCCAUGGCUGCCGGCUCCUGUGACUUCUCCAGCACCGCCACCAUCGCCAAAACUGAUCCCAGUUAUGGAUUAUGCGUUUAUCCGGCCUCUCCAAGCACCGCUGGAGAGAUGGCAAGUCCAGUUUCAUUAGGUAAUGGUGCAUCGCCUCCAUCACAAAAUGCCAUAGCAUUGGGUGGCAACGGAGCAGCAGCAACCCCGAAAAACGUGGUCGAUGGCAACCCACCUGCUUCUUCUCGAGCCUUUAUGAUCUCAACAUCCUUGUUUAUGGGUAUCAUGUUUAUGGGUUUCUUGUUUAUGUUCCCGGCAAUGGACAUAUGA